GCCAAUCCCUCGAUUCUUGGAUUAUUACAGUUUCUUAAUUUAAUUUUUCCGGUUCCCGAUUUCAGAUUAAUCGGAAUGAUUUACAACCGUCGAUCUGAGAGGAGAGAUCAUCAUGCAGCAGGCGAUUUUAAAUGAGAUCGAAGCCGCCAUCGACGAGCUCCGAUGUUUCCCCUUGCGGUGAAUUUCUUCUACAAACUUAUUCACUCUCUGAUGUCGAGUGAUCAACCACCCGAAACGCCGUUGCUCGAUUCAAAUCACGAUCAAGAGCAACAACAACCUCUCUCCGGCGUCGUCGAGGACGAAGACGACGACCUCGGUCAAACCCUCCAAUGGCUCGAGACCUUUCUGACUCUCCUUGGCUUCAACCAAUCCUCCACGCGAAGCCUCGUCUUGUCUUGGAUCGUGUUUUUAACGGUAGGGCUGGUGAUUCCGGUGACAGUGUUGGAGCUUGGGCAUUGCAAAGACUGCGAGAGGUAUCAGUACAAGAGCUUCGAGCUCAACAUCGUCGUCUCGCAAGCGUGUUUAGCUGGCGUCUCUCUUCUUUGCGUUUCUCAUAACUUGAGAAAGCAUGGGAUUCGAAAGUUUCUCUUCGUUGAUCAGCUCAGUGGUCGCAUGGGACGGCUCAAGGCUCAGUAUAUUCAGCAAAUCUCGAACUCUGUGAGACUGCUUGCACUUUGGUCACUCCCCUGUUUCGGACUAAAAGCUGUUCGAGAGAUUAUUCGGAUGCUAUAUGUACCUCAUGACCAGCCAUGGCUCUCUGUUUUGAUUCUCUUGUCUAUGAUCAUGUCAUGGACUUACUUAAGCACUAUCUUUCUAGCUGCAAGUGCCAUGUUUCAUCUGGUCUGCAACUUGCAAGUCAUUCACUUCGAAGACUACGCAAAGCUCUUGGACGGCGAGUCUGAGAUCUCUCUUUUCAUCUACGAGCACAUCCGUUUGCGCCAUUACCUCUCUAAGAUAAGCCACAGGUUCCGCAUCUUUCUGCUUCUACAGUUUCUGGUCGUCACGGUUAGUCAGUUUACCACGCUUUUCCAGACCACUGCGUAUAGCGGACGUAUCACGUAUAUAAACGGUGGUGAUUUCGCGGUCUCGGCGGUGGUCCAAGUUGUUGGGAUAAUUUUGUGUCUGCACGCAGCAACGAAGAUAUCUCACAGAGCUCAAGCGAUAGCAUCAGUUGCAAGUAAAUGGCAUGCGAUAAUGUCUUGCUCAUCUACAGAUGCAACUCAGAUAAGGACUUCUCCUAGUGGAGUUCACUUGGAGGCCACCACGAAUCCCCCCAUCUCCUUUCAGAUUUCACAUUCUGAGAGCGAUGUGGAGUCAAUGGAUCACUACAUGAGGAUGCCUGCUAAUAAUAACAACCACUUUCCUUCUUACAUGUCCAUGUCCGCAUACCACAAGAGACAAGCUUUUGUGCUGUAUUUGCAGAUGAAUCCAGGAGGGAUAACGAUAUUCGGGUGGACAGUAGACAGGCAUUUGAUAAACACAAUAUUCUUCAUUGAGCUCUCUCUCGUUACCUUUGUACUUGGGAAGACUAUAGUUUUCAGUCCUGAAUGACAUAGGUGUAUCAUAAAACAGGUUUACCCUUUUUAGCCAUAUAGUAAAUUUUUCAAUUGAUAUGAGAAGAAAACUGGACACAACAGGCUUCUCUUUAAUUUGUUUACGUCUAGUGUAUAAUAAGCUUUUUUUUUAUGAGGUUUUUAGCACUACUACAUACUCGUAGGAACCUUGUUACACGGUCUUAUAAACUGUUGUUUUUAGCA